AUGGGCCCGGGUCGGCUUGGUGCAUGUGCGGUGGCAGGCAGUUGGCGGCUGCUGGAGUUUACUUCGCUGCGCACGGAGUUAUGGGGCCAGGCUCGCACCACCCGCGCCGCCAGCAAAGCAUCGAGUCGCCUAGAGAGGUCAACUAGUACCUUCUUUGAGCUGGCCCAGGUACAUCCCUCACGUAAUGCAAGCAGCUGGAGCUCUCUAUCCGACCGAGCAGCUCUUGGUCAUUUUGCCAUGGAAUGACGAUGUGUUUAUUCCCCAUUUUGCCCCCAACGUCUUCCCUCUCACACCCUUGCGCUACCCGUUCCAGUCCAUCGCCCACAAUGCCUCGUCCUCGCGGCCCUGUUGGGUAGCAGGCGGGCCGAUCAGGUAUUGAUGUGGUGGAUGGGUCGAGAUCAAUGGCGGACUCGAGGAGCUUGCCCACCAAAGUACCGACUGGGCUGUCUAGAUGUACCUCCACUUCAAGAUGGCCGAUGGCCCAUCCACGUCGUACCCGACGUCGGUAGAUCUCCAAUGUGGCAAUCCACGCAACGCAAAAUGGCCAGGUGCAGAGCAAUAAGGAAUGGAUAUGCAUAAAAAUAAAGAGAGAAAGCCAGGCUCUCAAAUGGCCGCCAACUGCAGCUACGAUAGGGAACUCACAUAUGCUUCCGUCCCUCGUGUCUGCUCUUUGUCAUAUAAUCGAUAGGUCCUUCGUGGCUUUUGACGUUGUACUUGGGUAGGAAACGACUUGCUGCAGUGGGCAC